UUUGUUGACCAUGUCAGCACGGUGUUUAGCCUUGAAUUGCAUUGUAUCUCCUAUGCCAAGCUUGUAUGCCGUAUUUCCACUUUACCCUCGAAUUGCAUUAGAAAUGUACCCUUAAUGUCUAAAGAAAUGUUACUAGUUUUAAAAACGCGUUUUCUUAACACCUAUAAUUAUAUAGGCAAUACCAGCUGUCAAAGAUUUUUCUAAUUUUCUGCAACAUUUGACUAAAAAGAUUAAUGUGCAGAUACUAGAGGGGAUGUCACAAUGAAACGCAUGUCUGUAUACAUUUAAUUCUGGGAUAUGUACUAUGGUUCAUAAAUUUUAACCUAAAAUAUAAACAAUGGGUUCUGAACACUCAAGUCAGUCUGCUACUCAAAAUGCACAAAGACAAACUAGUUUUAUUAAAGAUAGAUCGAAAUUACCAAAUAUUAGAAGGCAGCAUACAAUUGCAAACCCUGGUGGAAGUGAUUUUCCUGGUGAAAAUGUAGAUGUUAAUAGACCUGGAUCUAUAUCACCAGGUCCUAGUGUAUGCAGUGAUGUCGACCUGCCGUAUAUAAGUUAUACUGUUAAUAGGCCUAUCGGAGACUCGCCUAAACUUACAAACAAACAACUUAUUAAAUCAAAAACUUCACGUCGAAUACAUCAACCAAAACCAGGAAAAACUAAAACUUCUGCUCAUAAUAUUGUAGUAGUUCGAAGCGCUACCGCAACUUCUGCUGCUACAGAAAAAGAUCCAGAGAUUGUUAGGUUACAAAGAAUUCCUAUGUUUUUACCUAUAAUGAGAGCAACUUUAAGUUUACCAGCUGCAAGAGAUCCAGAAAUUUUAGAAAGAUUGGACCCAACACCAAUUCGUAAUCUUUGUUUAAAAUAUCAACAUCAUUUGACUGCUGCUGCAAAUUUAGUAGCCACUGAACAAAAUCAAAUCACACUAAGAAUUAGAGAGGUAGAUGCAGAAAUAGUCAAAAUAGUGAUUGCUGCAACUGAUAGACAAAAAAAAUAUGCUAAAUAUGCUGAAAAAUUAUCAAAAGUAGCAGAAUUGUCUCAUCAGUUAAAUCGAUGUCACCUGUUAUUGAAUCAGACUUUAGAAUCAAUAGAAACAUUGAACAAUUACUUGGAUGUUGAAGAUAGGCUAGAACCUUUUAUUUGGACAACUGGAUGAAAUGAAUUUUCAGAAUCAUCUGAGGUCUAUAAAGAAAAUCAAGAAGGAUGAUGUCAAACAAGAUUACAAUUUAAGUGACAAAAACAUAAUUUAUCUUUAACCGUGUUUUAGUUCUCAUUUUAUACAAUUAUUAAUAUCUUAAGCUAUCUCAUGAAUUGUAUAUUACUCAAGAUGUAGUGAGAAACUAAAGUCAAACGAAUUUUGUUGUAACAUGUUUUGCUAAACCAUUUUGUUUCUCUGGCAGAUUCUUGCAGAACAACAGUAAAGCUAACUUUAAAUUAUAGAAAAAAAUAUGUAAAUAAGAAAGUUUUGAAACUACUGAUUAGCUUACUAUUAUUAGUAUAUUAGCUAUUUUUUAGUUUUUUUAGCUCAUUAUAAUUUCGGCUCUAUCGUCGCUAAAUAUGAGUUUAUUAUUGAUUAUAUUCUCUAGGGUAUACCAGACGGCCACGAGAAGGUCAUUAUUGCAGGGAUCUUCUUUUUUAUAAACUGUCCAAAUACUGGUAUCGUAAUCAGAAUUAAUGGUCAAAUCAAGCUAUUUGUAGAACUGGAAUAGCAUCCAUAUAAUUCCAUAAUUAUCCUCAGUGGCGGAUUAAGACCUUUCGGGGCCCGGAUAUAAUAUAACGUUGGGGCCCCUUUAAGGCGGCGGAUUUUAGGAAAAAGAACAUUCGAGUUUUCAUUGCAGAGGAGAUUUUUGUGUAAUUAAACUCACUUCAAUAACAAAUAAAAAUUUAUGUACACGUUAAGAAUACAAAGAAUCGUAUAUUAAUCAAAAAUAUUUUUUUUGCCUUUUUGGUUCAGCAAAUUCUUUUAUCAAGUCAUCGAAGUUAAUCAAUCGAAGUAAAUCGAUUUCUAUUGUAAGAAGAGACAAUGCAGAUAGUCUUUCGUCACCAUAGUAGAUCUAUGCAAAUCUUUUAUUCUUUUCAAUACUGAAAACGAUCGCUCGCUUUCACAAUUUGCUAUAGGGAUAGUAACAAGAAGUCUGUAAGCAAUAUACACAUUUGGGAAAACAGGUGCCAUAUCGUUAUCAACUAUCCAUUUCAAUACUAGUAUAGGACAAAUUGUAUUGUUGUUUUCUUUGGCCUUUUUGUCCGAUCGAUUAGAGAAAUAACCGGGAAGUUCUUGAUUUUGUAUUUUUACCUGUGGUAUGAAUUGUAAGAAUAUGAAUGUGGUAUGAAUGAAUAUUAUAUGUUUUGCUUGGGGAGAAGGGGGCCCCCCACUGGCGUGGGGCCCGGUACCUUAGCACCACCAAGCCCUCCACAUGAUCCGGCACUGAUUAUUCUGCACUUCAUGCUCAAGUUUAUUAGAGUAUUCCUACUUUGAUACUGUACUUGCCACUUCUAGUAACUACUAAGUUGGAAAUUCUGGAAUCAUUGAUCCAAAACAUUUAGAAUUUUCUUUCAAGACUAUAAAAUUAUAGCAGUCGAGUUUAGUAAAGACCUGGGUAAAGAUGUAAAUUAGUGUUUGGUGAUUGAGAUUUUUUUUAUACGGCAACCGUUCCAACAAUCCAUCAUUUCAGUACAGAAGUUGAUGAAAUCAAGGAGACAAAGGUAUAACCAUCUAAAAUUAUUUACCUCGAGGAGCCACUGCCUUAAAACUUUUCUGGCAAACUUAACGUCAGAAAAAAAUAUAAAUUUGCGUUUUUAUGAAUCAAAAAUAAAGUAAUCAGUUAAUUA